AUGUUUAUCACAGUGAUGUUUGGAGCUGGCUGCUGGGAGCUGGUGAACACUUGGUGCAGCCUGGUGACACUCACUGCCCACUUGAGGCAGAGGGGGCAGGUGCCCCCAGAUGCGACCAUUGCCCUCCUGGCUGAGGAUGGGCACCUGGUGAGCCUGGAUGAGGGGGCUUCCCAGGCCCCUUCCAUGGGCAGCCCCCUGCUGCAGGAGCGUGGGACCUAUGUCCUUGUGCAGAUCAUCAAGGGGGAGGAUGGGGCACCCACCCGCUACGAGUCCUUACUGGAGAACCUGGAUGACCAGUGUCCAGAGCUCGCAGAGGAGCUUCGCUGCCUGUCAGGCCUACAACCCACAAGUGAUGGCCGGAGGAGGCGCACGAGCACUCGGCGUGACCACCAGGAGCAAGGCCCCCUUUCAAAGCCACGAAGGAAGGGCUCCCUGCCAUCCAGGACCCGUUAG